AGGUUGAGUUUAUGGCCGAGAGCGAAUCGGUGGAGAUUGUUCCGAAUAUGAACAUGGAUCAACUCAAUUUUAUCUGUGGAGAUUUCGGGCGAUUUCUUCCGCAGAUUCCGACUCAGGUGCCGCUUUGGCUUGCAGUGGCACUGAAGAAGAGAGGGAAAUGCACCAUCCGGCCUCCCCAGUGGAUGUCCAUUGAAAAUUUGACAAGGAUCUUGGAAGGGGAACGGGAAUCGCAGACGACAUUUCAGCCAUUACCGUUUCAUUAUGUGGAGAUUUCCAGAUUACUUUUCGACCAUGCUCGUGAUGAUAUCCCGGACAUUUAUAUGGUAAGGUCACUCGUCGAGGACAUCAGAGAUGUGCGGCUUCAUAAACUUGAGACUAACCUUGGGUCAUUCAGUGGAACAUCUGCAGUAAAGAUUUCAAACUUAUCGGCUAUGGAAGUGAAUCUAGUCCGUCCGUUUGUUAGAAGAGCCUUGGAGGCAUUCUAUAAGCACGAUAAGCCCGAGCCUGCGCAAGAUCGAGAUGCAAGAACUAGUAGACAACAACGGCAAGCCAGCAAUGAGCCGAGGCGUCCUCUGAGGCAACGUUAAGGAUCCGUGAAUCGUGAUCGGCUAUUGCCCCCCCCGAAGAUCGAUAUUUCAGGAGGUAUAGCCCCCUUGUUCUCAUUCUCUUCUCUAUCUUUGCAAAACAUCGUCUUGUGGGUUGUCUUAAGACACCAGCUACUCCUUGUUUCUUUUGAAUUCAUGUGUCACUCUUUCGUUGGUUGGAAAACACAAACAAAGAUUCAAAUUUGUGUGGUUAUUUGACAUA